GCCCGUCCGCCACACCCGCCGCCCGUCUGUCUACUUGGCGGCUGGGCGUUUCUUCUGUGCGGGUGUUGUGUGGCCCUCGCGGAAGCCGUUCUUGGCGAGGCGGGGCAACUUCUUCAAAUAGCGCAUUCUGACAGACAGACAGACAGACACCGGCACACAGAGCGCUUGGUGUGUGUGGGUCAGUUUGCUCAGUCGUUCGUUCGCCCACCUGCCGGUGCCAGUGGUCGUCCGCCGCUUGGCCUUCUCGCUCCAAUUGUAGCUGCGCUUCCUCGCCGCGGGGUAACCUGACAGACAGACAGACGAACGAUCAGGAGUGCGAAGCGAGCCAAGCCACUCGGUAGAUCAGAUCUGCAGAUCUGGCCUUGCGUGUCGUGUGUGUGAGAGAUCCGCGUGUUCGUUGCCCCUCCCCGCCCGUCCUUACCGCAUGCCGCGCAGACCUUCUUCUGGAUGUGGAACGCCCGCUGGUUACAGCGAAUGCACAGCGUGUGGGUCUUGCCGUUCCGCUUCCCGAAGGAGCCUGCGUCACAGACAGACAGACGGACAGACAGACAGACAGACAGACAGACGGGUGUUGAAGGGGUGUGUGUGGGUGAGGAAGGACUUUGGGUGCGUGUGCGUUACCUGUUCCCUUGCCGGCCUUCCCCAUUCAGAUGACACGGCGUGCGUCAACUGAACCGAACCACAGAAGAGGAACGUGAGAUCUGGCUGUUCAGCACUUCUGCUUCCCUGUUUU